AUUCAUUGUUUGAAUGGUUUGAGUGUAAAUGUGUGGCAAAACAUAUGAUAAUCACAUUUAUAUGACAUUUAUAGCACAUGUUGUCAAUGGGUUAACAAUAGGUAAACAAUAGGUAAACAAUAGGUUAAUCAUUAUAUUAAACAAAUGGAGGAUAUAAUUGAAGAACCAUCACAUCGUUUGAAUCAAUUAUUAGAUGAAACAACUAUACAAACGAGUGAUGACAGUGAUGGACAAAAUAAGUGUGACUAUGAUUGGACUAAAUCACCGAAACUGAUCAACAAAUGUUUUAAUCAAUUCAAUGAUUCAAACAAUUGUCUAAAAGGUUGCAAAUGGUCUCCCGAUGGUUCAUGUCUUAUGACAAACAGUGAUGAUCACUGUUUAAGACUUUUUAAUUUACCACAAAAUUUGUGUCAAAAUCCUAUUAUUUUAGACGAAGACGUCGAAGAAAUGAGUCCAGUGCUUAAGAUAAAAGAAAGUGAAAUCAUAUAUGAUUUUUGUUGGUAUCCACUCAUGAACUCAUGCCAUCCAUCCACAUGUCUUCUUAUGACAACCAGUCGUGAUAAUCCAAUUCAUUUAUGGGACGCCUAUACGGGACAACUUGUUUGUACGUAUAGAGCAUACAAUUAUGCCGAUGAAGUAAUAGCGGCUAAUUGUGUGGCUUUUAGUGCUGACGGAACUAAAAUAUAUUCGGGUUUUGAGAAAUGGAUCCGAGUUUUUGAUACUUCUUCUCCCGGAAGAGUCUGUGAUUCUAAACAAACUUACAUGGACAAAACGGGUCAAAAGGGAAUCAUAUCAUGUAUUGCAGUAAAUCCUUUGAAUCCAAAUAUUAUAGCUUUUGGUUCAUAUGAUAAAAGUAUUGGACUUUAUGAAGAACCAAGUCUUGUAAAUAUAUGUGUAUUAAUGGGACAAAAGGGAGGACUAACACACAUCCAGUUUUCAGCAGAUGGCCACAGACUAUAUAGUGGCGGAAGAAAAGAUUCAGAGAUACUUUGUUGGGAUAUUAGAAAUGUCGGUCAAGUGUUGUCUGUCAUCACUCGUAGUGUUAAUACUAAUCAAAGAGUAUAUUUUGACUUAUCAUGUGAUUCAAAAUAUUUAGCGACAGGAAGUGAUAAUGGAAUGGUCUAUAUUUAUGACACCAAAAGUGAUGAUAUCAAUGAUGAUAUACUCAAAUCUUGUAACUCAUUUGAGGCACACAAUGAUUGUGCUAACGGUGUGGCUUUUCAUCCAACAUUACCUCUAUUGUCGACUACUUCAGGUCAACGAAGAUUUGCCGACGUAUCUGACAGUGAAGAUGAAGACUUGUCUUUAUUAAAGACUAAACAAGAAAACAGUUUAAAGUUUUGGUGGAAUUAUUAA